AUGAGAAGCCUGGGCAAAGACAUUCAGAAUAAGCCAGUGUCCCUGCAAGACUUACUACAGCAAACUGCCAAACCAAGCCCAUUUCCUCAAAAUACAGUAGAGGACUUAGCAGGCUUCGAUAUUGCUCUGAAAUUGGAGAAUAAAAUUCUGCAGGCCCAACUGCAGUGACUGAUGGAAGAAAAUGUUGCCCCACAGGCUCAGAUCCCAGAGCUCCAGAUGCUCCAAGCAGCCAAGGAGGCUGAACCACUCCAGAAGCCCUCAAAGUCCCAGGAACCCCAGAAACCCCUAGAAAACCUGGAUCUCCCAGAAUCCUGGGAGUGCCAAGAAUUCCCAGAAGGUGAGGAUUCCCAAAAUCUCAGAGACCCCCAGGAGCUCCCAGCCUCGAAGACCCCAGCAGCCCAGGAGCACCAGGAAAUGAGACCGAGAAGCUCUUGUAACCCCCAGCAGACCCAGAGUCCCUGGAGCUUCCAGCAAUCCAUAAGCCACAGGCACCUUCACUGGUCUGAGGCCUACAAGCCCCCAGAAGUUAAGAAGGCCCAGAAGCUCCCAGAUACCCAGGAGAUCCCAGUGACCCAGAAGACCCAAAAUUCAGAGCACCAGGAUCUCCCAUGUGCCCAAGAGACUCAGGAGGCUAUAGAACGUCAGGAGACCCCAACAUACCUGGAGCCCCUUAAGCUUCCAACUCUCCAGGAGUCUCUCAAAACUGGAGUGCCCUACCAGCCUCUGGAUCCUUUAGAUGCCCAGGAGUUCCUAGAGCCCUCAGCACCCCAGGAGUCCCUGGAGGGCCUAAUAGCUGCUUUGACAUCAGCAGCUUCAGAAUUCCCAUAGUCCCCCAGUGGGUUAGAGGGUGAAGCUUUCUCCCUAGAAUAAUGUUUAGCCUUCAGUGGAGAUGCCCAGAAGCUUUCUGAAUUCUUGGUUCAACUCAAUAGUUACAUGAGAGUCAGAGGGCACCUGUAUCCCACUGAAGCAACCAUAGUGAGCUUUGUUGGCAACUGCUUCUCAGGUGAGGCAGGAAUGUGUUUUUAGCCCUUACUAGAUACCCAAAGUGCCCUCCUGGAGCAAUUUGAAAGUUUCAUAGAAGUGCUCCAGGAUACUUUUGACAGUCCAGAAAACAUGGAACAUGCCAGUCACAGCAUCCAUCAGCCUUGCCAAGGGGAGGAUCCUGUUCACCAGUAUGUGACCCACUUCCAUCUUGCUCAAGAGCUAAACUGGAAUGAAAGCAUUCUCUACAUCCAAUUUCAGGAAGGGCGAAGUUCUGUCCCAGAUGAUCUGUCUCACACAAACCCAGCAGCCACCAACCUAUCUGAUCUGAUCACUCAGUGUCUAGAACAGAAGCUAAGUGGUAAGCCUGAUCCAAAUCCACAAGGAGCAAGUCCCUCUGAGGAGAGAGCUGGGCCUGAGAGUUUACUAGCUGAAAACCAGCCUGUGCAGGUUGCAAGCAAUAGCCUACAUCUCAGUGAAGCUGAACAGGCCCACUGCUGGGAAGGCCACUUGUGCCUCUACUAUGGUCAUCCUGGUCAUUUUGCCAGAGACUGCCCUGUCAAGACUCAUUGUGCAUAGCAGGUGGGAAACAUCGAGGCCCGGCAGUAA